AUGCUUCCUCUGCAAGGCUAUGCGCCGACGCCGCAUAGCUACAUUCCCAACAGUAGUUUCUCAGCAACAAUCAAUCUAGACGAGGAAGUCAAGCUCACGGAGUCUCGGGCUGAGCGCGAUCUGCAGGACUCUCUCGCAGAACUCUUCAGUAUAAUCGUGACGCUUGACGAGCUCGAAAGGGCUUUUUUGAAGGAUGCGAUUCCCGAAGCAGAAUACACCGACAUCUGCGAGCGAUCGUUACGCCAGUACAAGGCGCUUUUGGCGGACGAGACAAUCGCCGCCGAGUUCCAGGGCCUUGAAGAAUUCAAAGCCAAAUGGGAUCUCCAAGCCCCCCGUGCUACCGAACGUCUCCGUGUCGGCAUGCCCUCGACCACCGUAACCGCAUCGUACUCGGCUCCCGGGCAGCAGACAUCCUCAGCUGCCAACAAUACGAGCGGUGUAUUAAUUCUCGAAGCCACGCAAGAGUUCAUUACGUUCCUCGACGCCGUGAAGCUGGGCAUGUUGUCCAAAGACCAGCUGCACCCCCUGCUAUCCGAUGUGAUUCAAUCUGUGAACCGUGUGACAGACCAGGAUUUUGAUAGCAGAGGCAAGAUUGUACAAUGGUUAAUCACGCUCAAUCAGAUGAAGGCUUCGGAUGAGUUAAGCGAACAGCAAGCCAGGGAGUUGGAGCUGGACAUACAGCAGGCAUAUCAGGGAUUCCGAAGAACGUUGACAUGA